UUCUAUGGCCAUUUUAUUUAUUCAAUUGGCUUCCUUUAAUCUCUAUUUUUCUAUUUUUGUUUUCUAAUUUUUUUCUUUUUAAUUGCUUUCCUUUAAGCCUAGGUUCAUGGGUCAAAACCAAUAUGCAAACUGGGAUAGUCAUAGUAUUAUUGAUUUUACCUUGUAUUUUCCCCUUUUAAACUUAUUCAUUGCCGUAUUUUGCAAAAGGACAAUUUCUUUUUAUUUUUUUGAGAUGGAAUCUCACUCUGUUGCCAGGGUGAACUGCACAGGCACAAUCUCAGCUCACAGCAACCUCCGCCUCCUGGGUUUAAGUGAUUCUCCUGCCUCAGCCUCCUGAGUAGCUGGGACUACAAGUGCGCACCACUACACCCGGCUAACUUUUGUAUUUGUAGUGGAGACAGGGUUUCACCAUGUCGGCCAGGAUGGUCUCGAUCUCUUGACCUCGUGUUCCACCCGCCUCGGCCUCCCAAAGUGCUGGGAUUACAGGCGUGAGCCACUGCGCCUGACCUAAAAGUACAAUUUCUUUCUUUCUUUUUUUUUUUUGAGACGGAGUUUCGCUCUUUUUGCGCAGACUUGAGUGCAAUGGCGCGAUCUCGGCUCACCGCAACCUCUGCCUCCCGGGUUCAAGCGAUUCUCCUGCCUCAGCCUCCCUAGUAGCUAGGAUUACAGGCAUGCGCCACCACCCUGGCUAAUUUUGUAUUUUUAGUAGAGACGGGGUUUCUCCAUGUUGGUCAGGCUGGUCUUGAACUCCUGACUCCAGGUGAUCCGCCCGCCUCGGCCUCCCAAAGUGCUGGGAUUACAGGCUUGAGCCACCGCGCCCGGCCGGGAGUACACUUGUUACUGUUCUUUGUAGCCAAGGUUAAUUAUUUCCAAGCCAUUAUCUACGUCUUCAUUUUUUCUUUAAAAACCAUUACUUUCCUGAAUGCGCAAAUCGUUUACUAUGGCACGCAUAUUCGCCAACGCCCUAUUCCCAAAGAAAUAUCAUUUUCAGUUAGAGAGCCUGUUAUUAGGUUGACAAUCAUUAUCACUCCCUCUCCCGUCCGUGGCGCUCCCACGGCAAAACAUCAACCCACUGUCCCCCGCGAGGCUGCAUCCAGGCAGACAGGCAUAGCUGGGGAAUAACACACUCGCGUUGACUGGAUUUACUGUAACUGGACCCAAAUCUCAGACCAGCCGGCGGCCUCUCCAAGGAAGCCCGAGGCGAGGAAGACCAUAGUCGACGUGCACUCCCAACCAGGUCUGUCACAGGUCGGCCCUCGCAUUUAAACGUUAAAUGUUGAAGGGCUUUCAUAAAAGAGCGAUGUGCUCCUGCUUGUAUGAGCCGGGGCCGGAGGCCGGUAACAGCGGCACGGGACGGGAGCGAGCCUCAGAAUGCGGGAAUGUCUGUGGGCCUCCGGGACAGUGGAGGGAGUGGGUCUAGUGAAGCGCGGCGACUCUGGGGUGGCAGAAGUGAGAACUAUGGGCCCCACGGGGACCGAGGGAACGCACAAAAUCGUCCCAAGAGACGAAACGCCGGGCCGCGGAAGGGCCCUCAAUGCUAUCUCCGGCAAGCGCGGCGUUUCGCAUCGCUCCCAAAGGCGGCGGCGACACCUUAUGACGUCCUGGUGUUCCGCACGUCGUCUGCGUCACACUAGGCGCCGGCGCGGGGUGCUGAUGUCAGGACGCCGGGGCUUGGCGCCGUGACGCUCAGCCGGGCCUUGUGGAGUGCGGGUCUCUGCUGCGGACGCCGGGGGCCGGCGCGGCGUUGGCCGCCCCCGGCCUCGCCGAGUGCAGCGCGCCCGAAGGCCAGUGCCUGCGCUCCGUCCGCGGCCCGGCGCCCAGGGUGGGCGGGGAGGCCGCCGCGCAGACGCCGCACGCUACGCCGCCGGCGCCGUCGUUUCGCGUCGCCCGCUUCCGGCCACCGCGGCCGCCAUUUUGCUCGCGCGGAAGCGCCGCGGUGGGGUGGGAACCCAAGCGGGAGAGCCGCGGGAUUUGCGGCCGCCGCCAUGCCGUCGUCCCCGCUGCGGGUGGCGGUGGUGUGCUCGAGCAACCAGAACCGGAGCAUGGAGGCGCACAACAUCCUCAGCAAACGGGGAUUCAGCGUCCGAUCCUUUGGAACAGGGACUCACGUGAAGCUUCCAGGACCAGCUCCCGACAAGCCCAAUGUUUAUGAUUUCAAAACCACAUAUGACCAGAUGUACAAUGAUCUUCUUAGGAAAGACAAAGAACUCUAUACACAGAAUGGGAUUUUACAUAUGCUGGACAGAAAUAAGAGAAUCAAGCCCCGGCCAGAAAGAUUCCAGAACUGCAAAGACCUGUUUGAUCUGAUCCUCACUUGCGAAGAGAGAGUGUAUGACCAGGUGGUGGAAGAUCUGAAUUCCAGAGAACAGGAGACCUGCCAGCCCGUGCACGUGGUCAAUGUGGACAUCCAGGACAACCACGAGGAGGCCACCCUGGGGGCGUUUCUCAUCUGUGAGCUCUGCCAGUGUAUCCAGCACACGGAAGACAUGGAGAACGAGAUCGACGAGCUGCUGCAGGAGUUCGAGGAGAAGAGUGGCCGCACCUUUCUGCACACCGUCUGCUUCUACUGAGCCCAGCGCCUGCAUGGAGCCGCCUCUGGAGCUUCCUGUUGUUCAUACUUUUUCCUUCCUGACAUUUGUUUUUACUUACAGGUGUUCUGCUGGUGACGGUAGCAUUACCCAAAUAAACUGUGCAUAUGAAAUGGGAGAGGAGAUGCCAAAACGCCAGAUGAAAGCAAUCAAGUUUCUUCUUUUCCACUUUUACUUAUGAGCGGGAUAUUGAUUACAAAGUUUUUCUUCUUUAACCAAAAAGGAAAGACAACGGUUUGUGUGCACUUCCCGACAUACCUGUGUCUUCGUGUGCCUGCCUUCCCUCCCUCCUCCCCACCCGGCCGGACUGUACAGAGCCCUGCUGCGGCGUGUUAGGAAUGACCUGGAAUUGUCAAUAAACAGAUGCUGCUGUCA